AUGGCCUCUGAAGACGACAGCAGCAGACCGUUGACGUCGCUGCAAAGCGUCAUCCUGACCACCGGCCCGUUCAUCUUCCUCUGGAGCACCCUGCGAGGCUACGUCGCGCGCAACGGGUUCUUCAGCCUCGCGCGCCCGCUGACCCGGCUGAACAACCAGGUCUACGCGCUAUUCUCGCUGGCGCUGGCGUGCCUGGUCCUCAACGACACGGAGACAUUCCACUUCGUGGACCUCGAGCACGUAACGACAUCAGGCCUGGCGUACCUGUACCACCUGACCAAGUUCUACGAGUACGUCGACGUGUUCGGGCUGGUCGCGUCGGGGACCCCCGUCAACGAACACAUGGCGUUCCACCACAUCACGACGCCCGUGCUGACGUACCUCCGCGUCCUGCACGCCUCGGACUGGCACCUCCUCGCGUGCCUCAACUGCCUCCACCAUUUCUGGAUGUACGCGUACUUUGGCGGCGUGAGGGCGUUCAGGCCCGUCCUGCGCGUCACGGGUUGGGCGCAGCUGGUCGGGGGAAUCGGGCUCGACGUCUACUAUCUCGUGUCUCACGGAAGGGGGGCUCCCGAGGCGAGGAACCGCGCCCUCAGUAUCAUGAUCUUGACGAGGUACGCGAUGCUGUACUACGAAGAAAUCAAGACGGGCAUGGGGAAUGCCCAGAAGCGGAAAGAAGCGGACAAGAAAGGCAAAAAAGCGAAUUAG